GGCAAGUAGACAACUGACCUAACUUUAAUUCCAACCCGACAGUGUAGCAGAUUCAAUUGCCACCGCCUCUCCUCUCCAACCACCAUAUCCUGCCAAACUUGCUGCUAUUGAAAAAAAAAAAAAAAAUUCCCACCUUUUCCAUCUCUUUACAAGUCCAAUUCACCAUUUGAUAGUCUCUCUGUGUUACUCCGCCAUCAGUGAGAAAUCUGAGGCCACGGGGAUGACUUCCAGUUUCUCGGUUGAGGGAAUCCCUCGACAGGAUCACCCUCAGUGCGUUGUUCUUGGUAAGCAGUUACAGAGACCAACAAUUGCUCUGCAUUUUAGUGCGACGAGAAGGAAGAAGUGAACGACAACCCGAUCGAGCAGGUCCGACUAACAGUUCCGAUCACCGACGAUCCAACCCAACCCGUCCUAACUUUCCGGACAUGGGUCCUCGGAAUCCUCGCCUGCGCAAUUCUUUCCUUCGUCAACCAAUUCUUCGGCUACCGUCAGAACCAGCUCUUCGUCGGCUCGGUCUCCGUCCAAAUCGUGGUGCUCCCACUGGGGAAGCUAAUGGCGGCAACUCUGCCUACCAGGAAAUUCAAAAUUUCCCCCUUUUCGGACUACAAAUGGUCGAUGAAUCCGGGGCCGUUCAACAUGAAGGAGCACGCCCUCAUCACCAUCUUCGCCAGCUGCGGCUCGAGCGGCGUCUACGCGGUCAACAUCGUCACGAUCAUCAAGGCAUUCUACAAGCGGGGUCUCAACCCGGGUGCCGCUUUCCUCCUGGUGCAGACUACCCAAUUGCUCGGCUACGGAUGGGCCGGGCUGUACCGGAAGAUCCUCGUCGACUCGCCCUUCAUGUGGUGGCCGGCGAACCUGGUCCAGGUCUCGCUGUUUCGUGCGCUGCACGAAACAGAGAGGAGGACGAAAGGUGGCUACACCAGGCUCCAAUUCUUCACCAUCGUGUUCAUUUGCAGUUUUGCUUACUACGCAUUUCCGGGCUACUUCAUCCCUUCCAUUUCCACCGUAUCCGUGAUCUGCCUGAUUUGGACCCGGUCGGUUACCGCGCAGCAGGUUGGGUCCGGUUUGAACGGGCUUGGCGUGGCGAGUUUCGGGCUCGAUUGGGCUACCGUGGCUAGCUUCCUCGGCAGUCCGAUUGCCAAUCCUCUGUACGCAAUCGUCAACUCGUUUGUUGGGUUCCUGCUGCUGAUCUAUGUGGUUCUGCCCAUUGCUUACUGGGGAAACGUUCACCACGCGAAACGUUUCCCCAUCUUCUCGUCGGAUACAUUCGACAGUACGGGGCAGCCUUAUAACAUUACGAGGAUCAUCAACGACAAGAGUUUCGACAUUAAUUUGUCGGCUUAUGAUGGUUACAGCAAGAUCCAUCUCUCCAUCUUCUUUGCCUUUGUGUAUGGGCUGAGUUUCGCUACUCUUACUGCUACUAUCUCACACGUUGCUCUAUUUGAUGGACAGAGUGAUCGUGGAUCUGUUCAAAAAGGCGACAGCAGCGAGCAAAGAGCGAUUCGCUGAUGUGCAUACUAGAAUGAUGAAGAGGAACUAUGAUGCAGUACCACAAUGGUGGUUUAUUCUUGUACUGGCCUUGAGUUUUGCGAUGGCUUUGUUUGCUGUGGAGGGUUUUGGACAGCAACUGCAACUUCCCUGGUGGGGACUCAUCUUUGCUUGUGCCCUUGCCAUGGUUUCCACUCUCCCCAUUGGGAUAAUUCAGGCCACUACUAACAAUCAAAUCGGGCUAAACGUGAUCACGGAGCUAAUGAUCGGCUACGCUUACCCUGGAAAGCCUCUAGCCAAUGUCGCAUUCAAGACCUAUGGCUACAUCAGCAUGUCCCAAGCUCUCUCCUUCGUGCAAGACUUCAAAUUAGGACACUACAUGAAAAUCCCUCCAAAAUCCAUGUUCAUAGUUCAGCUUGUUGGAACGCUAGUCGCUUCGAGUGUCUACUUCGGCACAGCGUGGUGGAUACUCGAGAGCGUGCCCAACGUCUGCGACCUGGACGUCCUGCCGGAAGGGAGCCCGUGGACGUGCCCCGGCUACGACGUGUUCUACAGCGCGUCGAUCAUCUGGGGAGUCGUGUCGCCACGAAGAAUGUUCGGAGACCUCGGCAUCUACAGAGAGCAGUACUGGGUCUUCUUGCUUGGCUUGCUUGCUCCGGUCCCGGUCUGGCUGCUGUCCCGCAAGUUCCCACACAAGAAGUGGAUCAAGCUGAUCCACAUGCCGCUGAUCCUCGGCGCAUCGGCCAGCAUGCCGCCGGCCAAACCGGUUCAUUACUGGAGUUGGGCGGCAGUUGGGUUUUUCUUCAACUACUACUUGUACAAGAAGCACAAAGGGUGGUGGGCUAGACAUGCCUACAUACUGUCAGCUGCAAUGGAUGCAGGGGUUGCCUUCAUGGGGAUUCUACUCUUCUUCGCGCUACAGUCGAAGGACAUCUACGGUCCGAACUGGUGGGGGCUCGACGCGUCGGACCAUUGCACGUUAGCCAAGUGCCCCACCGCACCUGGGGUUCAAGUCCAGGGCUGCCCUGCCAUUUCAUAACAGUACUCUGGCUAGACUAGUUUACUAGCAAUGUUUCACAUGUUUUUUUAUUUUCUACGUUUGCAAGUCCCGUUACUAGGACGAAUUGUAUGUCACAUUAUACGAAUACAAAGUUGUUUGUACAUAGUUUCUUCUUCUUUUUGUUUAGAAAUGAUUUAAAGUAAUAUGAAAUGCAGGACAUCCAUCAACGAAAAUCCCAGGAACAGUAGGACAUUUCGCGAGAGGGCAAUGAUCGUCGGCCUCCAAACCCCACCACACCGGACCAUAGACGUUCUUGCUCUGAAGCGUGAAGUAGAUCAUUACCGCCAUGAACGCGACACCAGCAUCCAAUGCAGCCGACAGGAUGUAAGUAUGUCGCGCCCACCAGCCUUUGUACUUCCGGUAGACGUAGUAGUUGAAGAAUAUCCCCACGGCAGCCCAGGACAAGUAGUGGACCGGUCUGGCGGGCAGGAUUCCGUACGCACCGGAGAAGAUGAUAGGCACGUGGACGGACUCGAUCCACUUCUUAUUCGGAAACCUACGAGCCAGCAACCAUAUCGCGAAAGGUGCCAGGGCGCCGAUGAGGAAGAACCACUUCAGUAUGGAGUAAACACCGUUGUCGAGGACUCGGUGGGGACCGAUCACUCCCCACAGGAUUGACGUGCUAUAGAAGUAAUCGUACCCGGGACAUGUCCACGGGCUUCCUACGGGGAGCUUCUCGAUGUCGCAGAUGUUGUCUAUGUUCGAUAUGAGCGCCCACGCAGUAGCGAAUUGAGCGGCCGAGCCAACAAGUGUUCCAGCUAUCUGAACCAGGAACAUGGAUUUUGGAGGGAUUUUCAUAUAGUGUCCUAAUUUGAAAUCUGAGAGGAAAUCCAGAGCUUGAAACAUGCUGACGGAGCUAUAAGAUUUGAAGACCACAUUAGCUAGGGGCUUGCCCGGGUAAAUGUAUCCGAUCAACAAAUCUACUAUGACGUCGGUCCAAAUCAUCUGAUUUGUUGUAGCUAGAAUGAUUCCUGCAGGCAAUGUGAAGGCAAAUGCAAAUGCACAUGCCAUAAUGAGUGCCCACCAUGGGAGCUGCAGUUGUUUGCCAAACCCUUCUAUGGCGAGAAAAGAAAGAGCAAAUGGUAUGAUCAUGGUCGCCAUGAACCACCAUCGAGGAACUACUUCGUAGUUCCUUCGCAUUAUUCUCGUGUGCACAUCGAUGGAUCGGUCGUUCUUUUCUCC